UUAUCAUACCUAGGUGGAAGGAAUAAAAGGUUGACCACCCAAGAGUUUUCUCAGGUUUGUAUACAAAAGUUUGCUCAACAUGCCCGAAAUAAAGCAAGAUUAUGACCUGGUGGUCAUAGGCGCGGGCCCGCAUGGGCUCAUCGCCGCCCAUACCUGGCUUGAACUAUAUCCGACCUCGCGAGUCGCCAUUCUAGAAAGUGAAGAAGAAGUUGGAGGAACUUGGGCAAAGGGUCGGAUCUACCCAGGCAUGAUGACCCAAAGUCCAAUGGGCAAAAUCGAAUUUAGCUGUUACCCGAUGCCGCCGCCGAAGAAUACCCACUUCAAUUUGAUGCCUGGUAGUCAUGUCUCAGCAUACCUCGAGGCCUUCUCACAGCAUAAGUCGUGGGCUGGAAAGACACUGCGAGAUCGUGUGAAGUUCAAUUUCAAUGUUGACAGUGUUUCUUGGGCCGAGACCGACGGGGCUAGGUUGUAUACAAUUCGCAGCAAAACCCGAGACAUAGUUACAUGCCGAAAACUCAUGGUAGCUACCGGACUGACGAAUAUCCCCUAUCUCCCAACCUUCAAGAUCGAGAAAGGGAAGGAAUUCAUCCGCCCUAUUAUCCACAGCAAAUACCUUGCCAAGAAUGCCGACCUCCUGCUAUCUCCAGCCAUCCAGAAAGUCGUGGUGUUGGGAGGUGCCAAAUCCGCCUUCGACACAGUGCAAAUCCUUAUCCACGGCGGGAAAGAAGUAACAUGGCUCAUCCGCGAUGACGGCGCCGGACCAGCAUUCAUGGGCGAUCCCAAACCGCCGCCGAUCUUCGGGCUCAAGAACACCAGCGAGCUGGUCAGCACACGGUUCGUCUCUAAGCUCUCGCCUUCGAUCUUCGAGCCCGUGGACGGCUGGGCACGUUUCUGGCACCAGAGUAAGAUUGGGAUCGCGAUCAGUGCGUUUUUCUGGAGGAUGCUUACGCUUAAGUUUUUGGUGGCUGCUGGGUAUGACAAAGAUGAGAGGCUGCUUCCGUUGAAACCGGAGAGGCCGGUUUAUUAUGCGCAGACUACUGGCAUUACGAAUUCGGCGGAUACGUGGGAGACGGUUGCUAAGGCGAGGGUUUUGAAGAAAGGAAUUGAGAGAUUGAGUGAGAAGGAGAUUGUGCUUGUGGGUGGAGAGAGGGUGGCUUGUGAUGCUUUGAUUGCUUGCACGGGGUGGGACGCGAAGGUUGGCUUCUUGUCCACUGAACAGUCUACCGAACUUGGUUUGCCGGUUGACCUCAAAGAAGAGUCUGUUUCUGACAGGAAACAUUGGGAGGCGUUGAUUGCAGAGGCUGAUAAGGAGGUUCUCAUACGCUUCCCUCGACUGGAAGAACAACCGGCAUUUCCAUCAGCCAGUUGGCGAACUAGUCCCUCAAAAUUGUACAGAUGUAUGGUCCCAACGAGCCUAGGUUUCAAUGACGGUGGGAUUGUGUUUCUUGGACACUUUAUUGCCAGAGAUACCAUGACCUUGGCUGAGAUUCAAGCAUUGUGGGCGGUGGCAUAUAUGAACGGUAGACUGCCAAGAAAGACGGGGAAGGAAAUGGAGAAAGAAGUGGCGCUAGUGAUUGCAUGGCGGCGGAGGAGAUAUCUCGGUGAUGGACAUGCCUUUCUUUUUGAUGGGCAUGAGUACUACAGCCAGCUUCUACGGGAUCUUGGCAUAAUGGAUGUGAGGAAGAGCGGGGCAUGGAAAGAGAUCUUUUUUCCUUACGAUGUGUACGACUAUCGUGGGUUGAUAGAGGAGUACAAAGCUAAGCAUGGCUGAUGCUUCUUCUGGACCUCUGUUCACAUUUCCAUUGCGGUACCGACAUGGAUACAUGAAGAUGUAAUAGAGAACAACUUGCGCAUUAAUCAUGGUCGAAAAUAAACAACUCCAUUAUAUCUGAUUGUCAAUUCCCCUUCGGGCCCGAAUGACGCUUAUACGAGUCUUAAAGUCUUCAAGUCUCACAUUUCUG